AUGACGAAGACGACGCCUCCUGAAGACUUCGUAGUCACGGACCGGAACGGGAUCGUCGAAAACAGGCACGCCGUCCACGCCGCCGUCGUCGACUCCAGCGGCAAGCUUCUCCUGGCCGCCGGCAACCCGUCUCGCAUGACCCUGGCCCGGUCCGCCGCCAAACCCGCCCAGGCGCUCGCGGUCCUCGAAACCCCCGGCUUUGACCGGUACGGGUUCGACGAGGCCGACCUCGCGCUGAUGUGCGCGUCCCACAACAGCGAAGACCGCCACGUCGCGCGGGCGAGGUCGAUGCUAUCCAAGGUCGGGGCCCGGGAAUCGGACCUGCGCUGCGGCGGGCAUCCGUCCAUCUGCCCGGUCCUCAACAGCUCUUGGAUCCGGGCCGGCUUCACCCCGACCGAGAUCAACAACAACUGUUCCGGGAAGCACGCCGGCAUGCUGGGCGGCGCAAGUGCGCUCGGUGCCGGGUUCGCCGACUACCACCUCCCGACCCACCCAAUCCAGAUCAAGGUGAGGGAGAUCAUCCGAGACUUGAGCAGCGUAUCCGGGGAAGAGGACGAUGUCAGAUGGGCCAUCGACGGCUGCAACCUGCCCGCGCCAGGCCUCCCCUUGGCAUCCAUGGCACGCAUCUACGCCGGCUUCGCCGCCGCAGCCGACGCCGUCGAAGAGAGCGAGGACACGGCAGCGCCAAGGGCCGAAAAGAUGGCCCGGGUCUUCCACGCCAUGUCGACGUUCCCCGAAAUGGUGGGAGGGGAGGGCCGCUUCUGCACGGCGCUCAUGGAGGCCUUCGAGGGGGCCGUCAUCGGCAAAGUGGGCGCCGAUGGGUGUUACGGAGUCGGGAUCCGGGCUUCUGACGACACGAGGCGGCUCGGCGCGGACGGCGCCGUGGGGAUCGCCGUCAAGAUCGAGGACGGGAGCCUCGAGAUACUGUAUUCCGCCGUCGCAGAGAUCCUGCAGCAGCUCCGCGUCGGGACAGAGGAGACGAGAGGGAAGCUGGCGGCCUUCCACCACAUCAAGCGAGUGAACACAAUGGGCGUGGAGACGGGGAGGGUCUCUCAUGCCUUUCAGUUACGGCAGAGUAGCCAUUAG